CGGAUGUUUUCACGUCGAGCUGAUGGAAAAUGUACAAAAUGGAGUAAUCACAAGGAAAACAGUUGGGAUACACAAAACAAAUGUAGUAAAAUCGCCUACCUGUGCACAAACCUAACCACUUGUCGAUGCCAGAUUAAGUCAGGGCAGCUUGGCCAGUCCAUCUUCCUGUACUGACCCGCCAUGUUGACCCGACCUGGCCGUACUGAAACAGGCUAUGUUGCCGUGUACUUUGUGAUAUGGGUGACCAUCGUGGAUGGAUGUCUGAGGUCUUCCUCUCUGGUGGACAGGGGCAGUGGGUGCAAGGUCAGCUGUAUCCCAACUCAGUCUGGGUUCGACUCCGCAAGACUUGAGGGUCUGUGGUACGCGAUCGGAAUGAACCGUUUCUGGGUGCACAGUUUACCAAAGUCCACACAGAUAUCGUCAACCACAGAUGUAACUGUACGCUACAAGAUCCUAAAAGAUGGACAUCUUGAAAUUAAAACAAGUGCGGCCUUGUUUGGCGUGGUGUGCACAUCCAAUAUGGCCACCGGAAGACAAGGAGACGACAGUCAUCCGGGCAGGUUCACAGUGACCUUCAACUCGCAAAUUGGACGGUUGCUAGGUGACCGAGCAUACUGGAUAUUAACGACUGAUUACGUCAACUACUUAGUGGUGUACAGUUGUUGGAAGAUCCUCGGUGAUGGUUCCUGCAAUAUCCACGACACCUACGUGUGGGUUUUAAGUCGAGAGCCCAAACCACUGAAUAAACCUUUCCAGUCACUGGUAGAUAGCCACGUUGAAAAAGUAUGUGUUACUAAACACGAAAUAUUGAAAGUACCAUUUGCAAAUAAAUGUAAAUAGUUGAUCUGAA